AUGUCAGACAAAGAUGACAUUCCGGACUCAGUCGUAUCACUACCUGGCUAUUCCAUCUACAGAUGCGAUCGGGUGAAUAUAAUCGGAGGUGGUGUCUGUAUUUAUAUCAAAAACUCCAAAUUUAUAAAGUUCUCAAUAAUAUCGCAACCUUGCCACAUUGGUGACAUUGACUUGUUACACCUCAAUUUUUCGUCCAGUCACAUCCAGUUUUCUCUGGUCUGUUUAUAUAGACCUCACUACAUCCCGGAAGAGAACGACAAUUUAUUAUUUGACAAACUUUUUCAAAUGAGUCAUAAUAAUUCCAACCUAAUCAUAUGUGGCGACUUUAAUUAUUCAGAUAUCGAUUCAAAAUCCAGAAACUUUAUUCAGUGUUUAAACAAUUCCAAUUUAGAGCAAUUGAUAACGGAGCACACUAGGUUCAGGCUUAAUCAGACUCCUUCCACUUUGGACCUACUUCUUACUAACUCUUCCCAGCUGUUAACUGAACACGAAAUCCUACCUCCAAUUGGCAAUUCCGAUCAUGCUUUGAUUGGAACUUCCAUACGAACUAUCCAUAAAAGUAACAACACAAUUCUCAAGCUUAAAAGAGUUAUCAUUGUUAUCAAUUAUUCCAACCUAGAUCAAGAACUGGCGUCUUAUCAUUCAGAAUUAUAUUUCCAAAAAUUCAUAUUUGACAUAUCAUCGCUGGAAUCCGAAGAAACCCUGGAUCAAAACUCCACGUUACUAAUGCUGAGGCAAAAAAAUAGCUUGUGGAAAAAAUUUAAAAGAACCCGACUUCAAACCGAUUACAUCUGUUUUCGAACUUAUUCAAAUAGCAUGUCAAGGUUAAUAAGACAAGAUAAGGCAACUUAUGAACAAAAUAUUGCCCUGAACGCCAACAAAAAGCAGUUUUACAGAUAUGUAAGAAACUUUUCUAUAACGCACGUUCCUGUUCCAGUUCUAAAGUCAAGUAAUGGUAACUUGUGUGACGACUUGACUGAAAUCUCGGAAACACUGUCAAACAUCAUCUCCUCACUCUAA